AUGAAGUGGCUAUCUGUGGCAGCAUGCCUUGCCAUGGGCACCCAUGCCCUUUCAAUCCCCUCCCGACCUACCGAGGAGCGAACGGCCAAGAACUGUCCAACCGACCUCUCCGGGCCAUUCGAGUUCCCCCAUCUAAUCAUCCCCGUCGACUCUUCAGCCCCUACUGUUGCGCGGGGAACCUCAUACUUCGGCGAGGUCUCAUCAACAGUCUCCUCCAUCUUCAACUUUGAUAUCCCCCCUCAAGGCCCCAACCUUUGCUCGCUGGUGUUCUUAUUCCCCAACCAGGAGCAACGUCCUCCAUGGACCUACACCUUUGAAGGAGACGGCAAAGUAGGCGUAUCUAGAUUGCAAGGCCCAGCGAGCAAUGGCACCACCUUCGCGAAUGCGCCAAAGGUAGCUGCAAAGCUAGGAACACCAAAACUCGCCGCUGGUACAUCCAACGUCAUCUCCACCUUCGACUGUCCAUUUGGACAGAGAAUUGCUUUCAAGAUGUCCAAUGCAGGGUCGACCAAUCUCAGGUACUUCCAGGAUUAUGGUAACCCACCAAUCGGACUAUACAUCACUCGCUGCGCCAAGUAA